GAAAACAACGGCGUACGUGUCCUUCCCCGAAAUUAGCAGGUCACUUCUAUCCGGCCUCUGCCACUGUCCCUCUCAUCUCGCAAUCUGAGCCCCAGCGGUUCUGCUUGUGUGCGUCGCUGCAGGCAGGACGCAUGGAUUCGCUCCUGAGAUUCGACGGGCGUGUGGUAGUCGUCACCGGCGCAGGUGGAGGGCUGGGACGAGCCUAUUCUCUGGCUUUUGCAGAAAGAGGUGCAUCAGUUGUUGUGAAUGAUUUAGGAGGGGACUACAGAGGAGUUGGUAAAUGCUCCUUAGCUGCUGAUAAGGUUGUUGAAGAAAUAACAAACAAAGGUGGAAAAGCAGUGGCCAACUAUGAUUCAGUGGAAGAAGGAGAGAAGAUUGUGAAGACUGCCCUGGAUGCUUUUGGAAGAAUAGAUGUUGUGGUCAACAAUGCCGGAAUUCUGAGGGAUCGUUCCUUUGGUAGAAUAAGUGAUGAAGACUGGGAUAUAGUCCAUAGAAUUCAUUUGCGGGGUUCAUUCCAAGUGACCCGGGCAGCAUGGGAUCACAUGAAGAAACAGAAGUUUGGAAGGAUCAUUAUGACUUCAUCAGCUUCAGGACUAUAUGGCAACUUUGGCCAGGCAAAUUAUAGUGCUGCAAAACUAGGUCUUCUGGGCCUUGCAAAUAGUCUUGCAAUUGAAGGCGCGAAAAACAACAUUCAUUGUAACACUAUUGCUCCAGCGGCUCGAUCAAGGAUGACCCAGAGUUUAUUCUCUGAAGAUAUUCUGAAAGCUCUGAAGCCGGAUUAUGUGGCACCUCUGGUUCUUUGGCUUUGCCACGAGAGUUGUGAUGAAAAUGGUGGCUUGUUUGAGGUUGCGGGAGGAUGGAUUGGAAAAUUACGCUGGGAGCGGACCCUUGGAGCCAUUGUAAGACAGAGGAAUCAGCCAGUGUCUCCUGAGGUGGUGAAGGAUAACUGGAAAAAGAUUUGUGACUUUGAAAAUGCCAGCAAGCCUCAGAGAUUUCAAGGUAAAGAGUCCCAAGUCAGUUCAGUCUUGUUUGGGGAACCAGAGCAAUCUAUUUUAUGGAAUUGCCUUGUUGAAAAAUCAUUUUCAACCACUGUUUCAUAGGGUGGAGCUAUCGGCCAUAAACUUCCUCCAUUUUAUUCUGCUUACACGGAAGUGGACACUAUUCUGUAUGCCCUUGGAGUGGGAGCAUCAAUCAAGGAACCAAAGGAUUUUAAAUUUAUUUAUGAAGGAAGUUCUGACUUCUCCUGUUUGCCUACCUUCGGAGUUACUAUAGCUCAGAAGUAUCUAUUCUCUGGAGAAUUAGCAGAGAUUCCUGGGCUUUCAAUCAACAUGGCAAAGAUUCUUCAUGGAGAGCAAUACUUGGAGUUAUAUAAACCAUUUCCUAGAGCAGGAAAAUUAAAAUCUGAAGCAGUUAUUGUUGAUAUUCUAGAUAAAGGAUCCGGUUUAUUACUUCUUGUGGAUGUCUAUUCUUAUUCUGGGAACGAGCUUAUGUGUUAUAAUCAGGUCUCUGUCUUCGUCGUUGGCUCUGGAGGAUUUGGUGGAAAUCAGACAUCAGAUAAAGUCAAGGAAACUGUAGCCAUUCCCAGUAGACCUCCUGAUGUUGUACAUACGGACACCACCUCACUUAAUCAGGCUGCUUUGUACCGCCUCAGUGGAGACUGGAAUCCCUUACACAUUGAUCCUAACUUUGCUGGCUCAGUAGGUUUUGACAAGCCCAUAUUACAUGGAUUAUGUACAUUUGGAUUUUGUGCCAGGCAUGUUUUACAGCAGUUUGCAGAUAAUGAUGUGUCAAGAUUCAAGGCAAUUAAGGUUCGUUUUACAAAACCAGUAUAUCCUGGACAAACUCUUCAAAUUGAGAUGUGGAAGGAAGGAAAUAGAAUUCAUUUCCAAACCAAGGUCCAAGAAACUGGAAACUUAGUCAUUUCAAAUGCAUAUGUGGAUCUUGUGCCAGCAUCGGAUAUUUUAGCCAAGAUACCCUCUGAGGGUGGUGAGCUUCAGAGUACCUUGAUCUUUAAGGAAAUAGGUCACCAUCUUAAGGAUGUCGGGCACAAGGUGGUAAAGAAAAUAAAUGCUGUAUUUGAGUGGCAUAUCACCAAAGGUGGAAAUACUGCAGUUAAGUGGACUAUUGACCUAAAAAAUGGUACUGGAACAGUAUAUCAAGGCCCUGCAAAAGGCUCUGCUGAUGUAACAAUCAUACUUUCAGAUGAAGAUUUCAUGGACAUAGUGUUCGGCAAACUUGAUCCUCAGAAGGCAUUCUUUAGUGGCAGACUGAAGGCCCAAGGGAACAUCAUGCUGAGCCUGAAGCUUCAGUCGAUUUUUAAAGACUAUGCUAAGCUCUGAAGGAUAUGCGCCAUUAUUAAUAAAAAUAGAAAAACACUGUCUUUACUUAAAUAUGCCAUAGCGAUUCAGUGAAAGUGAUCAAAACGAAGAUGCAGGGGAAAUUGCUUAACAUUUUCAGAUUUCAGAUAACUUUUCAGAUUUUUCAUUUUCUACUAAAUUUUCAUGUUAUCAUUAUUUUUACAAGGAACUAAGCUGGCUUGUAAUUAUCCUUCUUAGAUCUUAUCUUCAUAAUAAAAAAUUUCCACCCAAGUCUAGUCUCUUUAGAAUUGUGAUAGCAUUUAUAAGUUGAAAGGAAAAUUAAAUGAGUAAAGGCCACUUUGAUGCCAUC